AUGCAAGUAUCUGAGGGGAGUACCGUUUCUUGUACUCUGCCUUACAUCCGUGGCGGGCACGAAUUGCGCCCUAUUAUCAUUCUAUUGGUUAUUCCAUUGGUUAUUCCGUUGGCUAUUCCAUUGGUUAUUCCAUUGGUUAUUCCGUUGGUUAUUCCGUUGGUUAUUCCGUUGGUUAUUCCAUUGGCUAUUCCAUUGGCUAUUCCAUUGGCUAUUCCAUUGGCUAUUCCAUUGGUUUGGGUUAGGGAAAAACGUCAUGUAUGUGACAAUAUAGGCAUAUUUAUUAUGAGAUUCUUUGACCAAAGUCGCAAAACAAUUUCUGGUGGACAAGCAAUAUUUCUCGAAGAGUUUUCCACUGUUUGA